AAUGUUAUUUAUAGUAACAAUCUUCUCAUGUGACCCCAUGUGAUAUUUUAAAAACUUUUAACUCCUGUUUACUUCCUUGUUUGCUAUGUGAAAACUGGAAUUCCCAAUUUGUGUAUAGUAUUUAUUUACUUAACCAACGUGUUAAGAAAGGAAGUAAAAUUGUCUGUGUUGAUAAGUUUCAGACUGAUAAAAAUGUCUGCCCCACCAACCUACAAUGAAAGUCAGCAACAAAUGCCACCUGCUGGAGCUUACCAGCCUUCGUACGGAACUGUGAAUCCACCACCUGCAGGGGCUUACCAGUACCCACCAGCUGGAGCUGCAUAUCCACCAGCUCCGCAAGCUGGGUAUCCACCAGCUCCAGGCUAUGACAAGCCAGCUGGCCAAUACCCACCUAACUCAGGCUACUCUUACCCUCCCCCUGCUGGCGCUGUCCCCUCGUAUCAAACAAGUAACAACCUUGUCAUCACGCAGCCCACCCAGUCAGUGGUUGUUGUAGGUGGUUGCCCUGCAUGCAGGGUUGGCUAUUUGGAAGAUGAUUUCACCUGCCUUGGUGUGCUGUGUGCCAUCCUGUUCUUCCCUAUUGGUAUCUUGUGUUGUUUGGCCAUGCGCCAGAGACGAUGUGGAAACUGUGGUGCAGUGUUUGGUUAGACCAUCUGAUAAGCCAAGUACAGCAUUGGAUUUAAACAUUAGGCUCUCUGACUAACUUGUGACCAAAUUUCAGAUGUUAGAUGACAAAAAAAAUGUUUAAUUUCUAAACAUACUUUAUUAGGGCAAUUUUUUGCUUCGUAGCUUUAUUUUUUCCAAAAAAGUAAAUAUUAAAAAAAUUUAAAUAAAUUAUUUUUGUUUUACACAAUGAUAAUUUAAAAUUAUGGUUUUAGGUCAAAAGCACUUUUUCUUUUUAAACAUUAAGAAAUGGAUUACUCAAAUUAGUGAUUUGUUCAAUGUAUUAAUAAUAUGAUAAAACAUUGCAUUCCAAUCAAAGUGUAAACAAUGAGUUCUUCAUGGAUUGAAAUUAAUAUUUUGUUUAAAGAAUUUAAUUUCAGUUAUAAAUAUUACCUAUCAUUUUGCUUAGUGGUGUACCAAAUUUGGCUUAGUGAAAAUAUGAAGAAAAGACUACGUUUUAGUUUACAAAAUAUUUUCUGCACUGUAUAACAGUGAAGGAUGGGCAUGUGAGGGUUGUUUUUUUUUUUUUGUAUAGUAUACUGUUUUACAUGAUGCAAUCUUUUAAGUGUCAAUUACUUUAUUAUUAUAUCAGGUUUCAAGGAUUAGUGUAACUUUGCACUGAUAUCAAAAUGUAUGCUUAUAAAUAUGUUCAAAAUAAUACUUAUUUUCAGUUCACCAUGUAACUCUGCACUUAGGUUUGAGUUGUUAUGCACAAUUAUGACCAAAAGUUGGAAAUAAGUGGAAGGGGUGUAGGAUUUCCUAAUAGGGAUUUCGUCUUAUUUUUUUUUAAUUUUGUGGUGGUUUUUUUUUUUUUUGCUUAACUAAAUUUAUUUUUAAAAUUCUUUACGUUAUUGAAUAAAUUUUUAAAAAUUUAUUUUUUUUUGUUGUAAAACUGAUUCAGUCUUGAUUGAAAAAAAAAUUGCAAUUCAUGUCUGAAACAGUUAUCAUCAAAAUAACCAAGCAUUAUCUAAGCAAUUAAAAAAGAGAUGUAAGAUGACUUGAUCAUAGUGAAACAAAUGAAACAUUUUUAAUCAAACUACUGUUACUUUGGUUGUACUUGGGCUGAUGGUUGGCCAUGUACAUUGGGUUAGCUUUUCCAGUGGUAGUCAAACUUUGAUAGUCACCUUGAUCCCAUGUAAAAACUUGCACACUUGUUAUUUUCAUGUUUAUAAAAUGUCCAAUAAAUGUGUCAUAGUUUGUAUUUUAAACUGCUUAGAAUUACCCAUAAUACACUGUAUAUUAAUCUUGUGUUGUUUCUAAACUUGGUUAUGUCAUAUAUAUUAAAAUGCAGGUUAAAAUUAAAUUGUUAUUGUAUAAAUGUAUGUUAUACAUCAUAAAACAGAAGUAUUACAAGUUUCUUUUAUCAUGGAACAAUGUUAGUCCUAGCUGUUGAUUUCUGGUAUAUUGAAAGCAUCAAACAUUUUUGUGCCUUGUGUAAUCAAAUCCACACCUAAAUCAAUGUGCAUUUUAUUUGUACAAACAAAACAGCUUUAAAGAGCCGUAAUUUUAAAAUAAUUUUAAAUGUAUGACACAUGUUUUAACAAGUGCUUAAAGCAGAUUCACAUAAACACAUAUGUUUUGUAGCAUUAUUUCUGUUAUCAAAGAAUGUUUUGUAUAGCCCACGAAAAGAAUUAAAUUUACUUGUAAAUUGUUGUAAAUCACUCUAGACUUAUGUUUGUAAAUAAGAUCAAAAAAUAAAUUAUGUGC